AUGGGCCCGCCCGGGACGGUCCCCAUCAAGCACCGCAAUCUGGAGCCUGCAGCGAGCGUGGGGGGACGAGCCGAACCGCUUAUCGCAGCAGCGGUCAACGCUUUUGUCGCAGAGGCGGGUGGGCCGCCGGUCUCUCCUGAAUUGGACGGCAACAGCGGCCAGAAGCAGCAGAGUGCAGAUGCCGAGGCAAUUGACGCCAAGGCAAUUGAGGUGGCUGAGGACCUGCAGCCGCGGCGGCGGGCGGUCGCAGCAGCGGCCCCUGCAACAGAAGGAGAAGCAGAAGCCGGAGAAGGGGCCCCGGUGGAUACAGCAGAAGCAAGGGUCCCGAGUGGGGCUGCCGAGACGGACAAAGAGGUGGCGGCAGCAGAGGCGGCAGUUGAGGCAGCAGAUGGCGACAGCUUGCAGCCUCCCGAGGAGGUGCUGCCACAGGCGGAGUCAAGCCACGACCCGCUGCUGCCAGCAGACGGCUCAGAGAGCCGGAUGGGCAGUGUCAGUGCAGCAGAUGGGGCCGCCGCAGCGGCUGGGCAGGCCAGCGAAUUAGGCGGCCGGCAAGGCGACCAUUCGGCAGCAGCGGCAGGUUCGAUGCCUGGAGAAGCAGCAGAGACUGGUUGCGAGGCAGGUGCCGACAGCGGCAGGAGCAGUUUCCAGGAGCCGGCAGAGGAGGGCAGCCAAGUGGCGCUUCUGCCGCCGGCGGAGGUUUCGCUCAAACAGCCCCGCCUGUCCCAGCUGUCCUCCUUCCUCUCCUGCACCAGCAGCAGGGCUGGCGGCGACAACGGGGAGACGGUCUCGAAGCGGCAGACCCCAUCAAUCCCACCAGAAGCAGGCCAGCUCCCGCAACUAGACUUUGGUGCGGCGGCUGCCGAGCUGGUUCUGCUGCCGCGCUCCAAGCUGCUGCCGCUGGCGCAUCCGGAGCAGGCGCUGGCGGAUGCAGCUGGCAUGCUGGGAAGGCAAGCUGGGCAGGAGGUCCCCACGCUGCUGACGGCGCUGCUGACAUUGCGACGAGUGGCCAUCCACCACCAUUUGCUGCUGGGCGACAGCCUGGAGGAUGUGGUGGCGCUGCUGAUGGAGUGCCUGCACGGCGGUGAUGCGGCGGUGGGCCAGGCAGCCACGCUGGCCCUGCUGGACCUGCUCGUCUCCUUUGGCAGCGCGAUGCUGCGGCACUGCGAGAACCGCACGAUGCCGCAGUACAGCUGCCUGCUGGGCCUGCUGCUGGCCGCCAGCUGCGGGCGCACCCCCGCCAUCCGCCACUAUGCCAACGAGGCGCUCAGGCACAUGGCGGAGCGGCUGAACCAGCUGAAGGUGAUCCGCCUGCUGGAAGCCUACCUGGACCACCCGCAGGCUGCCGUGCGCAGCAAGGCUGCGGAGCACCUGAUGAGGUGCACCUACCGGCGGCCAGACGACACCACCCCGCCACGCUCCCCCGCCAGGCCCGCCUCGCCUGUCAUCAAGUGGAGGGGCUGA